ACUAUAAACUGCUAUCCUUUUUAUAAAACAGUUGGUUCGUGUCGGUAGGACAGUACUGGGGCAGUUACUCUUUCCAACUUCUUGAAAACCUUUCACCAGCUAUUUUCUCCGGCAACAGUCAGUCACCGGCGAUAAAAAAAAAAAACACACACACAUUAUUUGCAACGGCAAAAUGAUGAAGAAAGGACUUAAAUUCAAUGGUAAAAAAGCCGAGAGUGUUGUGUCAACGGCUGCUGCCUUUAAGGAAGAGGUAAUAGAGUGGGAAAUGAGGCCCGGUGGGAUGUUAGUACAGAGAAGAAGUGAUAAUUCAGAUGAUGUUGCAAUUACUCAGAAUUUGCGGAUACGUGUGGCUUAUGGUGCUGCUAGGUAUGAGAUAUCCGUUAAUCCUCACGCCACCUUUGGGGAAUUGAAGAAGCUAUUAACAGAAGAAACAGGAUUACAACCAGGAGAACAGAGAGUAAUAUGCAGGGGAAAAGAAAGAGAAAAUGGAGAAUAUUUAGACAUGUGUGGAGUCAAAGAUCGAUCAAAAGUCAUCCUAAUUGAGGAUCCAGAAAGCAAAGAAAAAAGGUUCAUGCAGAUGAGAAAGAACGCCAAAAUCCAAGCCGUACAUCGCUUGAUUAACGACGUAUCCAUAGAGAUUGAUAAACUUGCUGAGCAGGUAUCUGCAAUUGAAAAGUCAAUUGGAAAUGGGAAGAAAGUAGCAGAUUUGCAGAUCACUACUUUGAUCGAGAUGUUAAUGAGACAAGCUGUCAAAUUGGAUAAUAUCGUCUCUGUAGAAGGAGAUGCAUGUGCCCAGAAGGAGAUGCAGGGUCAAAGAGUGCAAAAGUGUGUGGAAACCCUUGAUUUGCUCAAAGUGGCCAAUACUAAAAUAAAGCCAGUUAUAGUCACCACCAAAUGGGAAACUUUUGAUCCACCUCCUACCACCACAAGUUGGGAAUUAUUUGAUUGAUUUCUUCUUUCAUUUUUUUUUUUUUUUUAAUCUUUUACUUUUCCAACUUUUUCCUAUGUAUUUUACUAAAGAGAUUUAACAGUUGUUCAGCUCGUACUGGUAGCUUCUCCUCUACUGAUUCACCAAUAAAUGUUUGUGCAGCUUUGUAAAUGGGAAAUGUCCAAAUUCAACCCCUC